AUGAUGCUUGGAAAGGACAAGGAUGUUGAUAAUCUUGAACUUGACAGAGUGCCCAGCGGUCCUCGUACUUUCAAAGCCAAAGGUCCCAACCAAAAGCGUUUGUCAGGAAGACCUUCCCGUAAUGCAUCUGUCACCUCUUUGCCGACUCUUGAACCCUCCGAGGCUGAGAAGGAUGACGAGCAUCAUCUGUUCAACAGUGGACUUGUCGGUCAGGUAACUGCAUGGCUUCGUGAGGAAAAGAAAAAACGUGAUGCACGUAAGGCGCGCAAGUCUGCCGAUGCCCAAGCUAAGGAAGAUGCCGCUUCUCAUGAGAACAUCGAGACAGCAUCACGAUCUCGUCGUCGCAGUUCUGCCGAAAGUGUUGAUCUCAGCAGAUUGGAGCAGAUUUUGAAGGAAAGCGUGCAUUUCGACAAGCCUCGUAGACCGUCACUUCUGCACCCAAGCAUCCGAAAGCGCCCAUCAGUCAAUCGCUUGCACAAGUCUUCGUCCAAUGCUGGUCAAUCAUCAGACACUGAAUACAUUGAUGGCGAUGCUCUUGUGCCCUCGGCUGAAGCCUGGCUUGAUAACACCAAGACUUUGGCCAGUGCUGGAGGCACUGCGGACCCUUCAGAGUCGACCGAAAGUCUUGGUCUUGGUUAUCGUCAAGCUUGGUCAUCGUUCAAGUAUGAGAUCGUUCGCCUUACUCACACCCUCCGUAUCAAGGGUUGGCGUCGUGUGCCAAUGGAUAUGAGUAAUGAGUGCACUGUUGAGAGACUCAGUGGCGCUCUUACCAAUGCCGUCUACGUUGUGUCACCACCAAGCGUCCUGCCUCCACGUCCCACAAGCGCCGAUGGAAAACAGCCCGUGCAACGUCCUCCUCCCGCCAAACUUCUUUUGCGUAUCUACGGUCCUCAAGUCGAGCACCUGAUUGAUCGCGAGUCGGAACUUCAGAUCCUUCGUCGUCUGGCCCGCAAACGUAUAGGACCUCGUUUGUUAGGUACAUUCAGCAACGGACGCUUCGAGGAGUACUUCCACGCGAAAGCUCUUGAUCCUAAAGACUUGCGCAAUCCCGACACGUCCAAGCAGAUUGCCAAACGUAUGCGCGAACUUCAUGAAGGCAUUGAUCUGCUUGAGCGCGAGCGUGAUGAAGGCGCAUUUGUCUGGCAAAAUUGGGACAAGUGGUUCCAACGUGUUCAAGAUGUGACCAUGUGGCUUGAUAGCGAAGUGCUGAAGCAUCAGCAGAGCAAGAACACUCCAAAGGAAGGAUGGCAGGCCCGAGGCUUUGUUUGUGGAACUGAAUGGGCUGUCUUCAAGAAGACCGUGCAAAAGUACCGCGAAUGGCUCGAGGCGCAGUACACCGAACCCGGCCAGUUGCGCUCUCGCUACGUCUUUGCUCACAACGAUACUCAAUACGGCAACAUUCUCCGUCUUCUCCCCUCAGGCACUUCACCGCUCCUGCUUCCCGCAAACACACACAAACAGCUCAUUGUCAUUGACUUCGAAUACGCCAACGCGAACACCCCCGGCCUCGAGUUUGCCAACCACUUUACAGAAUGGUGCUACAAUUACCACGACGAAAAGGUGCCUUGGCUCUGCAACACCUCCUUGUACCCCACAUCUGAAGAACAAGACCGCUUUGUCCGCGCCUAUGUCCGCCAUCGUCCUCAAUUCAAUGCUGCGACUCCUUUACUUGGACCACAAGAUGGCGAGAAGCCAAAACGACCAGCUGGUCCCACUAGCAGCAUCUCGAAUUUCAUGCUUGAUGCCCGUGGUCCCCCUGAGAGUGCGGCAACUACCGCAAAGCAGGACGCAGAGUACCAAGCCCAGGAAGACGAGCAAGUGCGCUCUCUCCUGCGUGAAACACACAUGUGGCGCCUUGCAAACACUGCUCAAUGGGUCGCUUGGGGUAUCGUGCAAGCCAAGGUACCUGGUCUGCCCGAUGCUCCCUCCUCAACUAUCCCUCUUUCCGAGACUCCUGACGAGCUCACUCCCACUGAAGACCAACCCUUCUCGGACCCCCUGGGCCAGGAAGCCAAGGAUUUGCAAGACGACAUCAGGGACAAGAGACCUGACCCGAAUGAGGAGGACGAUGAGCAAGCAGAGGAAGAAUUUGAUUAUCUGGCUUAUGCUAGAGACAGAGCCAUGUUCUUCUGGGGCGAUGCGCUCAGUCUUGGCAUCGUUAAGGAGGACGAGUUGCCGGAAGAUGUCAGGCGCUCGGUCAAGAUGGUGGAAAAUUGA